GAUUUUAUACAUAUGUAUAUUGUUAUAUGUAUUUCUUAACUACGCUUCCAAUACGAAAAAAAUCACUAAUCAAUUAUCUGGGCUUUUAUCAUUAAAAAUUAAAUAUAAAAUCUGGCAACUUUAUUUCUUUAACCAACUGCAGCCAACUUCGCUUUACAAACAUAAAAUUUGAAUUUUAGCGCAUUUAGUUUGUCAAUUCUAUAUUAAAUUAAUUUUUAUGUGAAAUUCUGUAUUAUAAUUCAAAUUAAGUGCUAUUCCAAUUGUCCUUUAAAAUAAAAUAAAUUUUUUCUUGUGUGUAUAGUUUACUUAAACUAUAAAACAUGGAUUUUGACGAUGCAAAAGAAAAUAUACAGCCAUUAGCUCAGGGACGAAAUGCAAGUAUUUUGCAAGCUUCCUUAAAAAUAGAUUCACCCCAAGAGUUGUUGGCACAGCGUAAAGAACUAGAAAAAGAAAUACAUAAUUACACAGGUGAUGAUCCAUUAUCUGCAUGGUACAAUUACAUAGAAUGGAUAGAACAAAGUUUUCCAUCGGGCGGUAAAGAAUCCGGCUUACAAGAGGUUUUAUCCAAGUGUUUGUCUAAAUUUGAAAGUGAUGAACGCUAUAAACAAGAUCGGCGUAUGAUUAAGUUGUACAUCAAAUUUAUUGAUAGUUACAAGGAUCCUGCUGAAUGUUAUCAACAGCUGUUUAAUGCUGGUAUUGGUACAAUGGUAGCUGAUUUUUAUAUAGCCUGGGCAUAUUGUUAUGAUUUAGUGGGUAAUACUCGUAAAGCGGAUGAAGUAUUUCGACGCGGUAUUGCUUGUCGUGCCCAGCCUUUGGAAGACUUACAGGAGGCUCAUCAACAUUUUGGGUUUUCGGUAGCUCAACGUCUAAUGUACAAGGAUGAUGAUAGUGUUAAAGAAGAAACAAAUCGUCAGUUGCAGGAAAGACGUUUAGCAUUAACAUCGUUAAGAGGUCAUCGUCGUAAACAAAUGGUCGGUACAAUAAGAACUGGUGCAGCGGUUAAAAGUUUUACGCCCGGAACAGUUAAGAUUGAUCAGCCUUCGACUUCCUCACAAAGAGGUAACGCACGUAUACAAGUUUUUAAAGAUGAAAAUGAGAAUCCAAAUGUUAUAACCAUACCAACAACAGAACCACCACCAGAAGAGGAGAAAUCUGUGGUACGUUCCAUUAUAGAUGCUGCACGAAAUCAGGAAAAUGAAAAAGAACCUGGUCCCUGGAAUAAAGCACACAGCCGCAAAAAAGGUAAACUUUUUGGUAAAACAACAAUUACAAAUGAAUUGGGUUUUGAGAUCCACGAAGAUGAAGACCAACACGAUGAGGGGGACGUUAAAAAGCCAUGUGUUCCACCCAUACCUAUUAAGGAGAAUGAAAUUAGAUUUAACAAACCUUUUAUUUAUCCUGCAAACUUUUGUGCCAAAUCCAAACCAAUUAAAGGAUGGGUGACACCAGUAACCACAGAAGAAAUGCCCGAUAAAAAUACUAUACCGCAGUAUAAUAAGUGUAAAUUAUAUCCCAGACCUAAUGUGGAAUUUCAAGUAGAAGAACUCAAGGCUUAUUACAUACUAAAGAAACGAGGCACAGAAAAUGCCUUUACUAAGGAACGUGACAUAUAUUGGGGCUGUGGGCCGAAAUAUAGCAUACGUUUAUAUCCCCAUUUUGCCAAACAAUCGAAACCACAAAAACUCGAGGCAAUAGAUGAACCAUAUUUUCCAGAUUUUCUUCCCGGUUUAAAAGUGCCUUUUGACGAAAUUUACAACAAAGAAGAGAAGGUGGAAAGACAAUAUGAGGAACUUUUAGCUUUGCGUAUUAAACGAAAUGAUACAAUUAUAAAAGCCACCGACAUGGAGGAGACUAUGUGUGUUACAAGUGAGAAAGUACAACGGCGCAAAAGUUUCUAUCCAUUGCGAAAAUCGUUGGCUACGGCAGCGUUUAGAGCGCCAAAUCGAAUGUCGACAAUGCCAGAACAAAGUGAGGAAGAUGAACAAUCUACUACAAAUGAAUUAUGCGGUCCUUUAGUUUUAAUGGGUGCAAAAACUGUACAAGAAGAAAAAUCGUGUAGUUUCAAUGGUAAUAAUGAAGCGGCAACCACUAGUGUUAAGGAAGUUCCUUUAAUCGCGAAAAUAUUGCAUAGUAAAGAACAAACGGCUAAAGAAACAGAAUGCAAAAUACAAACAGUUAAAGGCACAGGAAAAACUCCCACUGAAACUGAUGCCGCCUCCAAACCUUUUGAAAUAUUCAAAGAUGAAAGUGCUAUAGAAGUUGCAAACAGUAAACCACCCGUAUUAGAGCCUAAGUUAAAUUUAGCGGCUGAUGAAGAUUUUCAAUUUAAAACACCAGCCUUACCAAUUGCUAAUUCUACAACGGUAGCUGUGGCAACAUCGAAAAACUUACAAUUUGAAAUAUUUGAUGAUGAAAAUUUGGCCAAAAACAGCCCUAAUUCCAUGCCUAAACCAGAUUUUGGCUGUGGCAAUGGAGGCUUUUUCGAUCCAGAAGAAACCUGUUCCACUCAAACAUUUAAUAUAUUCUUAAAAGCGCAAAGUGUAAGUACACCAAAAGCGGUAACGAAGUCACAGCCACAAAGACAAUUUGGAAAUAUUUUAAAGGAAGUAACACCAGCCCCCAUACCGGAACAAAAAGAUGAACAAUCAUUAAAUAGUUCCAUAGAGAAUCAGAACUACCCAGCAGGAGCUGCCCCAGUUGUGAUAUAUUCGCCACCUCGACAGCAAUUAUCUACAAUUUUAGAGACUUCCGAGCAUGGCACCACCCAAGGAACACAUACUACGGGAGCCACUACAAAAUCAACACUUAGUUCACCUGAAUUCGAUAUAGAUUCACGAAUGCCCUGCACACCGGGCAUUAAUCAACCACAAACUGCUCCAGUUUUAGAAACAGUAAAGGAAUUAAGUUGUGAAACCUCUAAUGUCAUUUCGCCCAUCCAAAGUGUUGACAACAUGAUGACCAGUUUAAAAAUUCAAAGUGGUAAUAAUAGUGCAAAACCACAAAGUGAAAAUCUUGCAACACCAGGACCCACGCGAUUGCAAAAGAAAAACGUAAUGUCUGGUGUUGGUGGCAGUGGAGGUGGUGGCUUAGAUUUUUCAAUUUUCGAAGAUUCCAUGGAAAAAAAUCAAAAGCAGGUGGGAAAUUUUUCACGUUUGGAGGAAAAAGAAGAUACUGCUGCUGGCUCGGCAUUCAGAGCAAUGCCUCCCAUACGUUUUCAAGACGACAAAACAGAAACUAUACCUAAAAUGCACUUAAUACAACAACAACUCAAAUUUCAAGAAGACAAAACCGAAACCAUUUCGAAAAUGCUGUUUGCCCCAUCAGCACCCAUACAAUUUCAAGAGGAUAAAACGGAAACUAUAACAAAAAUGUUACUUGCUCCACCGCAACCUGUUAAAUUUCCCGAAGAAAAAACAGAAACUAUUUCAAAGUUUAUGUUGAAACCACCGGAACCACUAAAAUUUGAAGAUGAUAAAGUUGAUUCACAAAUUGGAAACAAUGAGAAAAAUCAGCCAGAACCUAUGAACCAAGAUGAUUCUUUUGAAUUUUUUGGACAUACUCCACCUAAAGCAACAAAACAAUUGGUAACUAAACAAAUAACACAAGUACGGACUGCAGCAGAUACACGCACACCUUUAACAUUUGACUCUAAACGUUUUUGCGACAAAGACACACCAGUUACACAAAAAACGAAAUCCAUUUCAAAUCCCAUAGCCUUGUUUGAAGAUGAACUGCAGCAACCUCAUGCUAAAUCUUUAAAUAAACCUACCACCAAUGUAAAGAAUAAUCUUAAAGAUUCAUUUUUGCCAGAUUUUUCAUUAAUAGAGGAUAGUCAACCGGCACAAACGAAUAAAGCGAAACCUACUAAAAGUAAAUCUGUUUUUAGGGAUUCUUUUAUACCCGAUUUUUCCAUAAUCGAAGACUCACAACCUCAAGCCGAACAGAAACCAACAACGACAAAUCAACAGAAAACAAAAAAUGAAUCUAUUUUACCGGAAUUUUCCUUAAUUGAAAAUACUCAACCUAAACAAGGUGGCAAAUCACUUUUAAAGGACGUUUCACAUGUACCCGAAACACAACCGGAUGAAUCCGUAAUUAUAUCAUCUCAGCCUAUAGAGCCAAGAUUUUUAAAACAAAAUUCCAUGAAAACUGCUUUACAAACAUCAUUCCAAAAGGAUUUUUCCAAAAACAACUCUACUGAAAACAAAGUUGAGGAGCAAAUGCACUGGAAACAAACAGCAAAUCCUAAGGCAGUUGCUAAUAGAACACAGGAAGGAACAACAUUAAAAAACAUACUUAUGGAUACAUUUAUGAAAGACUUUUCGGAAAUCAAUGAACCUCCACCCAUACCAAACGAUAUCAAAGAAAUAACAAUGGUGCAACCUAGUAAAAAUAAUUCUACAUUAAAAUUUCUUAAUGAAUCGAUAAAACAGAAGGAAGAAAAUAACAAAAAUAGCCGUAAAAGCAAUUCAAAAAUUUCGAAUAUUUCCAACAGCAGUAAGGAGACAAAAUUAAGUUUCCUAGCACCAGCAGCUCCAGAAAUUAAACGUUCUAGCACCGAUGAUGAUGAUAAAUAUUUCGAACUUAAUUGUGAAACAGAAAUGUUUGGCACAAAUAUUAGCAUGAUUAAAAACUCUACUUGGUUGCCUAAUCAUGGUCCCUCUUUCUCAAAAGGAAAUGCUAAACAGUUGUCACAAAUACAAGAACAAUCUAUACAUAUUAAAGAUGAAGAAAUGUCAGCUCACAGCAGUUCGACCUUAAAAGCUACACAACAGCAGCAACAAGAAUAUCGCACACAGGACUUAACAAAAUCAAAAUUAGGUUUCAUUGAUAAAUCGCUAAGUAAUGAUUUUAGUAUUGAAGUUAGUGCUUCCGAAUUGGCCGCCAUUAAAGCUAAAAAAUUACCCAAACACACAGACCAAGAACAACCGGUGGUUAUAAUAGAAUCACCCGAGCAUAUUGAUGCUACUGCUGCUGAUGAUUGCGAAAUGAGUAUUUACUAUAAGAAUACACCGAAAACACCUAAACCUCAAAAACAUGUUUGGGAUGAUGCUGAUGCAUUUAAAACUCCGGCCAACAAUCAUUAUGUUCAUGCCGAAACUGAUUUAAAUCAAACACAUCAAGUCAUUGAAAAUAUGUGCAUUGAUCCUAAUGUCAAUCCAUUUAAUGUUGACUUAAUUAAUGCCUUCCUGGAGCAACAUUAUGUGAUUAGUUAUUUGGAAAGUUUACCAACGUGCAAACUAGUGGGUAGUAUACAACGUUUAAAACAACACACAUCAAUUGAUAUAAACGGUGUACAGUUUGAUGUUCUGAAACUAAUCGGUGAGGGAGCUUAUGGUGCUGUAUUUUGUGGAAAAGAAACGACAUCUGGUAAACUGGUGGCUAUGAAACAGGAAAAACCACCCAACUAUUGGGAAUAUUAUAUAUGUUUAGAAAUACAAGAACGCAUACGAAUAGAUGAAAUGUUAACGGCUUAUAUGAGUGUGGAUUACGCUCUUAUAGGUAAUAAUUCCAGCAUACUUAUAUCAAAUUUUUCCAACUAUGGUUCUCUAAUAACAGUGUGUAAUAAAAUUAAAAAACAUACUAUGAAAAAUGUUGAUGAGUAUGUGGUCAUGUUGUUGGCCAGUGAAUUACUCGAAAUAAUGGAUCAUUUGCAUGCGGUUAAUAUAAUACAUGCCGAUGUCAAGGCUGAUAACUUUUUGCUAAUGAACAAAUUAAGUUAUCCACCAACACAACGUUGUCUGCAGUUAAUCGAUUUUGGUGUUUCUAUAGAUAUGAAACUUUUCAAACAGGGACAAACAUUUUCCUUUAUACACAAUGACAACGCCUUCAAAUGUCCCGAAAUGCGUGAAGAACGUCCCUGGACAUAUCAAUUGGAUUUGUAUGGUUUGGCGGGUGUUUUACAUGUUUUACUAUUUGGCAAGUAUAUGGAUAUUGAAAAGAAGGCAAGAGGUUUUUGGAUGCAUAAAACACAUGUACCACGUUAUAUAAAUCGAAGUUUAUGGGAUGAUAUUUUUAAAACAUUAUUAAAUAUACGUGAUUGUAACUCAAUGCCGAACUUGCAAGAUUUGCGUGCAGCAUUGAAGAAAGAAUUAGAAGAGAAAGAUAAGUAUGUGGUGAAAAUGGUUAACGAAUUCAAUCGGGCUCUAACUAAUUAAUGUAUUUUGUAUUUGUGGCAUUAGAAUCUGUAUGUAUGUUAUGCGAUUAGUUAAUAAGUUUUUAUAAGUUUGAUUUUUAUCUUGUAUUUUAUCAUAUUAAUUUAUUUAAUUUACAAAUAAAUAUUUUAUAAUAAAAA